AUGCCGGGGAACGGAGCCACGGACGCCUCCUGCCCUCCCACCACAUCCAUGCCAGGGGGCGGCCCUGCACAGGGUCUGCGCCCCCCAACCAACACCCUUCAACCCUCUGCAGCCUUCCUGGGGGGCCCGGGUGAGGGCUCUCCAUGCACCCCUGGCCUCGGGUGGGCUGGCGAGGGGCCGGGGGCCAGCGGCAAGAACCAGCACGUGUGCCACGCCGCAGCACGGCUGGAGAUGGGCAGCCUCUGGGAGGAGUUCAACCGCCUGGGCACUGAGAUGAUCGUCACCAAGGCAGGCAGGAGGAUGUUCCCCACCUUUCAGGUGAAGCUUUCGGGCCUGGAUCCGUUGGCAGACUACGUCCUGCUCAUGGAUUUCAUCCCGCUGGACGACAAGAGAUACAGGUGGGGACGGGGCAAUGGGGGCAGGGGACCAGAUCUGGGGGUGCUGAGCUCCUGCCUGCCCUGCAGAUACGCCUUCCACAGCUCAUCCUGGCUGGCGGCGGGCCGGGCCGAGCCGGCGGCUCCUGGCCGCGUGCACUUCCACCCCGACUCCCCAGCCAAGGGUGCCCAGUGGAUGCGGCAGAUCGUGUCCUUCGACAAGCUCAAGCUGACCAACAACCUCCUGGAUGACAACGGCCACGUGAGGACCCCGCUGGGCUGGGUGAUGGGGGAGACACAACACAUCCCUGCCUGGGGGGUCCCGCCACCUCCUCUUUCCCACCCCCAGAUCAUCCUCAACUCCAUGCACCGCUACCAGCCCCGCUUCCACGUCGUCUUUGUGGACCCGCGGCGCGACAGCGAGCGCUUCGCCCACCAGAACUUCAAGUCCUUCAGCUUCCCCGAGACCCAGUUCAUGGCAGUGACAGCCUACCAGAACCACCGGGUGAGCACCAGCCAGACGGAAACUGGGGCAGCCUCCCAGGGACUCCCUGACCCCGCUCCCCUCCGCAGAUCACCCAGCUGAAGAUCGCCAGCAACCCCUUUGCCAAGGGAUUUCGGGACGGCGACCCCGAGCCAUGGUAAGGCACGCCUGGAUGUUGUCCCCCCCACCACGGUGGGGACGUCGAGCCACCUCCCUGAGCCCCCGCCCCACAUCUCUUGCAGGUGCGGGGUGCCGGCAGGGUCCCUGCUGGGCGCGAUGCCCCGCGCCCGGGCCACCCCGCUGGCCCCCCACCCCGAGAAGCAGGAGAAAGGUAGGGGGGCUGCGGGGGGGGCUGAGCCCCUGCUGCUGCCUCUCCCCCCCGCAGGGGCUCCACGCAGCCACGCGGCUCUGGCUGCUGCCCCCCAACAGCCAGCAGGACCCCCCAGUUUCCCCGAGCUCCCUGCACCCA